CAGAACCGGCCUAGCACUUUACGCGACUGCUCAGGUGCUAGACCGCGUCAAUCAUUUCACUUCCUUGUUGUCAUAAGUGCGGAUUCUUUGUUUGCAGUUAGUAAACUGGCAGAAUGCGUAUUCCCGUUAUUUUAAGAGCACUCUUUAUUCUUUUAUUUUGCUGGAGACUCGCUGUCCUGGAAAUCGUCAUAGAUUACCCUAUAUCUUUGGCUUAUGGUGAAAUGUCACGCUUCAGCACCAUUCUUUGGCUUAAACCAGCCUUCUGCUUUUAUGAACAGUGGCUUGGCCAAGCAGUUGAUAAGACUGUGGUUAAUCGAACCACCGCCACAAUCCAGAUUCAGGUGCUGAGGGAAGGAGAUAAUACAACCUACAAGCUUCCUGUACUGUACCCAGUCCCUAAAUGUGAUCCUCUAUUUAUUGUGCCACUAAUAAUCACAGAUACAAAGUAUCAACUGGGGCCCAUUAUAGACUGCCUUAAUGACAGUUGUGAAGUGCAGGUGCUUCCCAACAAGAAAUAUAAGGUUUGCUUCAUGUUGUACAAUGCCAGCCGGACUCUGCUGGCCUCUACAAAUUGGUCUGAACCACUGCAGACCAGAGGUGUUUCCCAAGAUUUGGACUUGCUCCAGCUGACUCUCUUUCGCUCCGGAGGAAUGGUUGUCAUUACUGUGCUGCUAAGUAUUGCCAUGGCAAUAUUGGUUAUUUCACUGACUGUUGCUGUGGCUAUGGCCAACAAGUGAGCCAGUCAUACAGAAACAAAAUCUGCAUUCUUAUAAAUUAAAUAAAGCCUUAAUUUUCUAUUUAAUGGUAAGAUCUAUGUCUUUACCACAGUCAUAUCGGUACAUGGAUCCAAUGAUGAUGCUGUCCAUAUUUUUGUCCAUCAGUGACUC